GGGGCGGGGCCGGCGCGGGCGCGGGCGCGGCGUCGCGCGCAUUCGCCGUGCGUGCUGCUCCCGGCUGUUCCGCGGCUCUGCGUUCCCGCCGGACCGGCAGGCUAACUCUAGAAAAUGCCAAGUAAGAAAUUUUCAGAUGGUGAAGUUGUGAGAGGUCGAUGGCCUGGAAGCUCACUUUAUUAUGAAGUAGAGAUUCUGAGCUAUGACCAAAAGUCGCAUCUUUACACCGUAAAAUACAAAGACGGAACUGAACUUGAAUUGAAAGAGAAUGAUAUCAAGCCUUUAGUAUCCUUUAAGCCAAAGAAAAGUGGCUCAACUUCCAGCUCACCCUCCAGACGCCGUGGGGGCCGGGGCCGCAGCCGCGGCAGCCAGUCAAGAUCCCGCUCCAGAUCCCCAGGCAGAACACCUAAAGGUUCCAGAAGGUCGGCCUCCGCUUCCUAUCAGGCUGACUUUAAGGAAACAAGGGGUCAAAUUCUGGAAGUUAAAUUGACACCACUUGUUCUGAAGCCAUUUGGAAACAGUGUCGUCAUCUACAAUGGAGAGCCAGAACACCGGGAGAACAAUGACAUUCCUCAUAAAAACUCCCAGGAGAGAUUAACUUUGUCACAAGAAGGUAGCUAUAUAUCUUCAAAAUAUAGUCUUCGCCCGAGAAGAGAAGAGGUCCACGUGAAAGAAACAGAUUCUGAGGAAGAAAAGCUUGUUAUGAGAGAACCCGACUUGCUGAGAACCUUCAAAGUGACGCCCAGCCCACAGAAGAAGGACUUAGAGUUUGGAGGAGUACCCGGGGCGUUGCUCAUUAUGCUGGGCCUGCCUGUCUUACUCUUCCUGCUGCUGUCCAUGUGUGAGCAGAAAGAUCCCAGCCUGCUGAAUUUCCCGCCCCCUCUGCCUGCGUGGGGUGACUUGUGGGAGGCCAGAGUGUGUGGAGUCUACUUGCUCUGGUUUCUUGUUCAAGCCCUGUUCUACCUACUGCCAGUUGGGAAGGUUGUAGAAGGAACACCUCUUGUGGAUGGAAGAAGACUCAAGUAUAGAUUAAAUGGAUUCCACGCUUUCGUCCUGACAUCGGUGGUCAUUGGAGCAGCCGUCUUCUGGGGCCUGGAGCUCUCUUGGGUGUACAGCCAUUUCCUUCAGUUUGCACUUGCAGCCACAGUGUUUUCGGUGUCUUUGAGCGUUUACCUCUAUGUUCGCGCUCUGAAGGCACCCAGAAGUGAGCUGGCACCGGCCAGCUCUGGAAAUACUGUCUAUGAUUUCUUCAUUGGCCGUGAACUGAACCCUAGAAUUGGCACUUUUGAUCUCAAAUACUUUUGUGAAUUGCGUCCCGGCUUGAUUGGAUGGGUGAUUGUCAACUUGGUGAUGCUCUUGGCAGAAAUGAAAGUGCAGAGCCGCCCUGCUCCGUCCCUGGCAAUGAUCUUGGUGAACAGUUUCCAGCUUCUGUAUGUGGUAGAUGCUCUCUGGAAUGAGGAGGCACUGCUUACCACCAUGGACAUCACGCAUGACGGGUUUGGGUUCAUGCUGGCAUUUGGAGAUCUGGUGUGGGUUCCAUUCACCUACAGCCUCCAGGCCUUCUACCUGGUCCAUCACCCCCAGGACCUGUCCUGGCCCGCGGCUGUACUCACCACUGCUCUGAAACUUUGUGGAUAUGUAAUCUUCCGAUGUGCAAAUUCUCAGAAAAAUGCAUUCCGGAAAAAUCCCACGGACCCAAAGCUUGCACAUUUAAAAACAAUCCAUACUUCCACUGGAAAGAACCUGCUGGUUUCUGGAUGGUGGGGCAUUGUUCGCCAUCCCAAUUACCUGGGCGACCUGGUUAUGGCGCUGGCCUGGUCCCUCCCCUGCGGCUUCAGUCACCUCCUGCCCUACUUCUACGUCAUCUACUUCACCGGGUUGCUGGUCCACCGCGAGGCCCGGGAUGAGCAGCACUGCCGGAGGAAGUACGGCCAGGCCUGGGAGCAGUACUGCCGGCGUGUGCCUUACCGCCUCCUCCCCUACGUGUACUAGGUGUGCCACAUGUACACGUGCUGCCUGCGCCACGUGUGCCGUGCGUACUUGUGCGUAUGCUACCUGUGCUGACGCUGGCUCGCCUGCCCCGCCCCGCCCCUCCCCUGCCCCUCGCCUUGACUUAAAGCAAACCCACGUAGGCCCUCUGUGUGUGCUGAUUGGCUGUGAGCUUUGUCUUUGAGUUGGGACCAAAGGUGCAGAGUCGAUCUUUUAUUAUUGUAUUCUUAUUAAGUUAUGCCAGUUCAUGUAAGGAACCAAAUACAAAAUGAAGAAUCUAGAAUUUGCAUCUUAAUAAGUUUUUAGUCCCUAAAAAUUUGAAAACCAAGCUGUGUCUUCCCACAUGCACUGAAGACUGUUGUUGGGUGGAUGGUGGCCCAGUGUAGACUGGCCGGCCUGCAGGAGGCCCCACCCCUGCACCCAGGCUCUUGAUGUGUAUAGGUUUUGAUUCCUUUUCAAACUUCAGUCUUUUUAUUUUUUAAAAUGAAGACAUUGUUAUAGUUGAAAUAAAUUUAUGGUUUGGUGCAUUAAAAAUAGGAUUUGGGGGCAGUAGGCGUGGCUCAAGUGGUAGAAUGCUUGCCUAGCAAGUGCGAAGGCCUGACUUUAAACACAGCACUGACUGCCCCUCCCUUGCAAAAGGACAGCACUUGUAGCUGGGGUGCAGUAGGUGCCUGUAAGAUCU